AGAUUUGAACCAUAAGUGAAGUAGCCAUGGGAGAGUUCAAACACUUUGUGAUUGUUAAGUUCAAGGAAGGUGUGGCCAUUGAAGAUCUCAUCAAAGGCAUGGGGAAGAUGGUCUCUCAGAUUGAUGCUGUCAAACACUUUGAAUGGGGACAGGACAUUGAGAGCCCAGAGAUGUUAAGACAGGGUUACACUCAUGCCUUCUUGAUGACAUUCAACAGUAAGGAAGACUUCGUUGCAUUUCAAGGUCAUCCAAAUCAUGUGGAAUUCUCUGCAACAUUUUCUGCUGCCAUUGAGAAGCUUGUGCUUCUGGAUUUCCCGUCCACUCUUGUUAAGCCACCGCCAGCUACCGCCACAGCAUGAUCCUGAAGAUCAUAAAGCGGCAAAGAUUCCAUCUUUAAGAAAACUGUUUCUAGUAUAUGUAAAAUUAUGGGGUUUUGUUUCUAUGUGCCUGUCAGUUCUCAAUUAUUCUCAACUUGUAAUGAGCCAUGAGGUCUUUUAUUCUCCCUUCUGAUUAAUGGAUCAUGAAGUUGCUGUUUGGUAAUA